AUGGGGAUUGGCCACAUAGUUUUCCUGAGCCAUGGAGAUUCUGGUAAAGUCAACCAGCAGGUAGUGCACGGAAGAUGCCUGGUGUUUAAUCCCCCCUGGGAUGAUUCACCUCCGGAUACCACGGUGCAGAGAGACGGAAAUAAGCUGGAGAUCGAGUCGAAAGAGAUAAUUCUUAAGGUUGUCGAUAGAAGAAUUGUUUAUUUAGAAACAAUUUACCAAGUAGACAGCAGGGUUGAGUUUGUGGAGCUUGUUCCGUCUCCCCACCCGUAUGACUUUUUCUUGUCAAAGAGGCACUUUCUUUCGAAACUGUCAGAGAUGCCUUUCCACCCCAUGCCCAAGGGCACAGUGUGCUUGAGGAAAAGAAGGAUAAGUUGCUUUGUCGUUCCUGUGCUCUUAUGGUUGUUGAGAAGAGCUGUUGAGUAUCUUCUGGUUGAUGUUCCACAGCAUGCUGUGAAUUAUAUAGUAAGUUGCUCAGCUGAAGCAAAGCAAAUCAUAACUAUAAAGACAACGCUGGGUGCCUUCAUAAGGUUUUUCUGCGCCAUCCAAAAGGCAUUUCUGAGGAUGGGGCAUCCCAUAGUAUUUGUCGGUGGGAUUUAUGUGAUUCCAACUACAGUAUAUCUGGGAGCCCUUUCGCGCACGUGCUCCUUCUUAGCAAGCUUGUUGAUCGAGGCCGUUCAUCUGCUAAACAACAGCAGCUACAACCCUCUGAGGAAGCGGAGGGAUUCGGUGAUUCUCAAUACGGACCAAAUCUUCAUGUCUGUGCUGAUCUUCUCGUUUCUUCUUCUAAUUAUGUUCAAUGUCGUGCACUUCCACAUUCUCUAUAUCUCCAUGACCCUAUGCUUGACAGCCUUGAGAAUGGUCAGCGACUUCAUAGAUUUCAUGCUGGUAGACACAUCCGGAUGCCGUGUGUAUACUCUUUCUAUCAGUCAUAAUGGUAUCCCGCAGGUUGUGCUUAAAUAUGCUAAGGUCUCCAUCUGGAGUAAGGUCAAGUUUGCAACAGAAGCGACCCUCCUGUCCUCGGGACUCUCAAGGGGCAAGUUUCUUCUAGGAAUAAAGUAA